CCAGCUGAGAAGUCUAGCGAGGAAGAAAAGCCUUGUGCUGCUACAGUGUCCACUGAACCCACAAAUGUUACCUCACCAUCUCAGAACAUGGAGGUAGAUAAUUUGGCUGAUCAGAAGGACCAAGAGUCCCAGGCUCCCUCAGUUGAUGUGAAAAAAGAGGAAACCAAAUUAAGAGGUAGAGGCAGAAGGGUGUCCAGCCAGACCUUGGCCUCUCCGUCGGAGACCGGCUCAACCUCUACUGUGUCUGACGUUACUGAAGUUAGCCAGCCAGAGGCGAGUGAGACUGAAGGACCCUCCAGCUGUAAAGAAGGAGAGGUUCCUCGUGAGUCUGCAGUGACCGAGACUGAAGAAGACCGGACACUAGAUGACACCUCUAAACAGGAGGAAGCUUUACAGGACACAAGAAUGCGAGAUGACAUCUCUAAACAGGAGGAAGCUUUACAGGACACAAGUGUCGCACCCGAUGAAACUCCUCAACAAGAGAAAGAACCAGAAGCUGAUAUACCUGAGAAAGUGGAGGUGACGAGAGGAACUCGGAGAGGUCGUCAGGCCAGACUAGUCAAGCAGUCCAGCAGUGCCUCUCAGUCGGACGGUCAAGAGGAGGAGAGGGGAUCGGAUGUGUCAGAGAUGGAUGAAAAAUCCGAGGGCAGAGUGACCCGCAGAGGAAGAAGAAGUGCGGUGGCAGCAGCCAAGGACACCAGUAAAGCCAAGGCAGAGAAGGAGGUCACCACUGACCAGAGCUCUGAGCAACAGGUGGAGGACGCGGAGAGUGAGAAGGCCACCGAGCCUGAAGCUCCGCGCCGGGGACGCUCCUCUAAGGCCGCUGCCCAGUCCCCAGAGAGCCAGCAGGAGGAGCAAGGAGGAGAGGAGGGGCAGAAGGAGACUGAGAAGGUUGAGGAGCCAACUGUGCGCAGAGGCAGGCGCUCGGGAGCCCAGGCGAAAGAAGUUGCCGCAGGAAGGCCUGGUGGUUUGAAGAGGAAAAGGUCUGAAGAAACAGAGGAUUCUGGAGAGGAGGUGCCUGCUGAGGAGAAGAGCUCAGAAGGAACAGAGUCGUCCUCAGGCCAGGCCCCCCAGGAGAGCACUGCAUUGAGUCAGUCUGAAGAGCCCGAGGAGGAGAAGCAGGAGAGCUCGGCAGAAAUGAAAUCUGAUAAUGGAGAGGAGUCCGACAAGCCCCAGAAGAAGACCCCUCGUAGGGGAAGGCCACCCAAAGCAGCAGCAGCAGCAGCAGCAAGCGCCGACUCCACGGAAGACGCGGGUGCUCAAUGCAACAAGGCAACGCCAACGCCGGACAAAAAAGCCAAGAAGGGGGAGGAGCAGGAGGGAGAGCAGAAAGAGGAGGAUGAAGAAGAAGAGGAAGAUGGAGGAGAAGAGGAGGCAGAGGCCAAGCCCAGAGCCACGCGCUCUGCAGCCCGUCUGGAGGCGGAGAAGAAUAAGCCCAGUAAGCCCUCCACUCGAGCUCUGAGCAAGGUGAAGGAGGAUAGCACCCCCAACACACGUGGCGCGAAAGGGCAGACAACGGCAGCAGCCAAGGGUGGACGCAAACGGGAAGCCAGUCCUCCAGCUCCACGCACCCGAGGAGCACAGAAACCAGAGGAGCCCCCUGCCAAACGCACCAAGAGAUGAAGUGACCUGUGCCAAGCUACAGUAGAGCCAAGGACCCAUACACCUGCACAUGUCCUCUGAAGACAUACAUUAAUUGCUUUUUUAAAAAAUCAUUCACCUUUUGUAAAUAGUUAUUUUUUAUUAGAUACUUACCCCUGUGAAUGAUCCGCAGGCCUGUAUGGAAGAGGAGAAUGAAAGCAGCGUUCCAUGGUUAGACUAGGCUUGCACUAACAGCAGUUAAAUGUACUCCUGCCUCGUUAUAGUUCCUGUCAAAACAGUUCCCCAGGACUGAGGCUGACCCUGAUGUGACCCUGAUAGAGGCAUAUCUUCAUCAGAGUGGGGAGAGAGAAUCACACCAAGUGCCAUGAGCCAGACAGGAGUCUCACUCUGCUUAUUGGGAAUUACUGUGUUGAAGUGUUUUUAGUGUCAUCAAUCCAAGACGGGACAUGGCAACUACGGCGCGUGUGACGCCGCAUUCUUUGGUAAUAUCCUAACAAUGUAGUGAAGAUCUUGUAAUAUACAGAGCAAGUCUUCACAAAAAAAAAACUACCAUGUCUGUUUUGACUAGUGUUCCGAGAAAAGAAAACAAUCAAUUUUUCUUCCAAGUGCUUUUAAAAUGUUCUUUUUAUCCAUUAUUCCAUCUUGUCAUGUUUGACUUGCAUAUAUUCAUUCUGUGAAUGUAAAAAAGAAUGUAAGCUUUUUCCUUCCGUGUAAAGUUUAGAUGUACGAUUCUGUAGGUGUUGUUUGGUUUGCGUUUCUGUACGUAUUUGAAUGGUUUCUGUACGUAUUUAAAUGGUUUUUGUAUUUGAACUUCAGCAUUGCUGUACACAGGUGCUGCUGCUCCACAUCAGUGUUCUUCACAAUAAAAUCCCCUGUUUGUAUCCACAUGGCCAUUCCUAAUCA